AUAAUAAAUCAACCAGUAGCUAAGUGUCAGUCAUUUUCAAAAUUUCCCGUUUAGUAAUGCUUUAAAAAGAAUGCUCGUCUGUUUUUUGGAAACCCUUAUUAUUGCAACCUGGAUCAAUUUGCUCUGGACUCUGUCCCUCAUGUGCUGCUGAUCGCAUAUGGAAAAUGAAUGGUACUUUGAUAGCCUGCAUAGCAACAGCUAUUAUUGUAUCUGCCCUCUGCUGCGCCUUGAAAAGAAUUUGUCCCUGCCUAUAAACGAUUAAAUUUUAACUCUUGAAGGAAUUAUUACUAAUAGAAACAAUGCAACGUUCGCAACUUCGCCAGCCGCAAGCUGGUCCAUCUCGAGCAGGUUCGGUCAGUCAGCAACCUCUCAAUAAGCCUCCAGAAAAAGCGAAACAAGAUGAUAGAAACAAAGAUCCAAAAAAGGCAACUGACAAGAAAACUAUCGAAUUUUCAUUGCCGGCUUUGAGUAUUGUCGGAAAGAAAAAGGAACUGGAUUUUGAACUAAUACGCAAGAAGAUAAUGCGAAGAGGAAAUCCGGAAGGAGAAGAUAAGAAGCAGUUAGCAGCGAUUCUAAAGCACUUGAAAGAGAGCAAAACCAAGAUUCGAGUUCAGGAGUUUGUAAAUUUAGUCGCAAAGUUCACUGCUGAUAAUGGGGAAAUAAUGAGAAAAGUCAUGGAAGAUGACCUGAUUUCCUUCCGGAAACUAGUAACCAAAGUGUACGAAACCAUGACCCAGGAUGUCAGCGACGUGUUAGUGAAUGAGCAAAUUCAAGCAACCAACUUUUAUCAGGAACGCAAUAACAUGUUCAACAGCAAAAUGAUGUGGAUGAUUAGCGAAAUAUUCCAAAUGAUUCCCGAAUUCGAUUUUGAGAAAUUUGAAAAAGACAAAACGGAAUUUUUGAACUACAUCUGCCCAAUUCCUGCUCUAAUCGAGCGAAAUGCUGAAGACGUUGAACUGCAAAGAAGACAAGAAGCGUUCCACAGAUUGCAGUGGCUGAGAAUUGAAGAAGAACGAUUGGCCGAAGAAAAUCGACGGUUGGACGCCAGGUUGGAUUAUCUGAAGAACCAACUAGACAGAGAUAACACUCAUGCGUCCAUGAAGAGCAAGCUUAUUGAACAGAGGAUGCAUGAUCUGGAAGAUGAAGAACAGGAAAAGCAGGAAAAACUGAAUGAACUGGAAGGAGUACUAGGGAAGAACAUUGUGAGAACAGAAGCAUAUAUUCGACUGGAAGAGGACGAGGCCAUACGAAUGACUAAACCAAGUGUGAAGGAAGACACGAAAAAGACCACAACUCGACACAAAGAAUCAGACGGUUGGUCUUCAAGGACUGCGGCAGGCAUUGAAGAACAAGCAGCAAAACGACUGGUUGAUGCUGGUCGGGCUGUUACUGACGAGAAGAGGAGAAUGAGGCGUAGGGAACGAGAACCAGACAGAGAGACAACCUUGUUUGGUGAAACCCGAGACAAAGACUAUCCAGAAAUGCGUACCAUGCGAAGAUUGGACGAAAAAACGGUUCAGCAAACGACCACGACUAUCCACGAAAGGCGACCUCCACGUCCUCGCAAAAAGGGUGCCUGUGGAGGCGGCUGUGGAUAAUAACAAUUAAAUUUCCUUUUACUCUAGCUAUAACAUUCCGAAUUAUUUGUAAUCGAUAAAAAAACCAACAAAUAAAAUUGUUAUUCGACACGA